AUGCAGGACUCCACACUUAUCACAAUCAUAUUUAUCUUCUUUUAUUUUUCAUGGAAUUUCUAUUUACAUAGCAGAUUAGUUUAUGUGAAUUCAAAUGAUUUCGAAUCAGAGGAAAUUCUGAAUAAUUUCGAGGAGGCAGAAAAGAGAUUGAAUGCCAUAUUGCAUGGCGAUCAUGAAAGAUUAAAUGACAUGUGGGAAAUAGUCAGAGAAUCGAUUCCAAAGCGUUGGACAGAACCAAUUCCAGUACUAGUGUUUGCAUGUAAUCGACCUGCUGCUAUUCGUGAUCAUUUGGAAAAACUAAUCAGACUUCGCCCUAGCAAAGAGAGCUUCCCAAUAACCGUUUCUCAAGAUUGUGAUAGUUCAAAAGUAGCAGAUGAAGUAAAAAAGUUUGGAGAUCAAGUGGAAUAUAUCAAGCAUACACCUGGGAUCAAUGCUAAUAUCAAAGUUCCGCCGAGAUUCAAAAAAAAGAAAUCUUACUUUUAUAUUUCGAGACAUUAUAAGUUGGCGCUUACACAUAUGUUUUCAAAGAACCCAUAUUCAACAGUUCUUAUUACAGAAGGCAGGAUUAUGAAUUCUAAUUUUAAUUUGAUAAUCUAUCCCAAUCUUUCAGAUGACCUUGACAUUGCUCCCGACUUCUUCUCCUAUUUCUCAAGCACUAGACAUCUUCUGGAAAAAGAUCCAAACUUGUAUUGUGUGUCUGCUUGGAAUGAUAACGGAAAACUAGAACAUAUUGACUGGAAUGCCAACGCAACCUUGUACAGAAGCGACUUUUUUGGUGGAUUAGGUUGGAUGAUGGCUAGGAGACAAUGGGAAGAAUUUGAACCAACAUGGCCAGCUGUUUUCUGGGAUGACUGGAUGAGAGACCCAGCUCAACGAAAAGGAAGACAAUGCAUUCGACCGGAAAUUAGUAGAACUGGUAUGAUGAUCCAUGGAAAGAAAGGGGUUAGCAAUGGUCAAUUCUAUGCAGAUCAUCUGUCGAAAAUCAAAAUGAGCAAUUUUUCUAUCAACUUUGAAGAAUUGAACCUAAAUUAUUUAUUACCUAACAACUUCAAAAACAAGAUGGAUAAAGAUCUGGCAGAUGCUGUUUUAGUCGAACUGGAAAAUAUAACUUCUUCAAGUUGGAAACCUGAAGUAAAGAAUCUGAAAGUCAAAAUCGUGUACACUGGAAAAGCACAUUUUGUCAACAUAACAAAAGAACUGGGAAUAAUGAACGAAUUUAGAUCCGGAAUUCCACGCACAGCAUACAAUGGAAUCGUCACCUGCUUCUUCAAGAAAACACGCUUGUUUUUAGUUCCAGAUCGUUCUAAAGUUCCAAUUUAUGACUAA